UCUGGACCCAGGAGACCUGCAGAAGCCGGAGCCUGGGUGCUGCCGGUUCCCCCGCCCUCAUUUCCCAUCGUGCUGAGGCGGGUGGCAUGGCGGAGAAGGAUGACACCGGAGUUUGACGAAGAGGUGGUUUUUGAGAAUUCUCCACUUUAUCAGUACUUACAGGAUCUGGGACAUACAGACUUUGAAAUAUGUUCUUCUCUGUCACCAAAACCAGAAAAAUGCACAGUGUCAGAGGAACAACAAAAGCCUCCUACAAGAGCCCUGCCAAAACGAGGAAUCCUGUUAAAAGUGGCUGAAACCAUCAAAAGCUGGGUUUUUUCUCAGUACAGUAAGAAAGAUGAUUUACUUCACAAGUUGGAUAUUGGAUUCCGACUCGACUCACUACACACCAUCCUGCAACAGGAAGUCCUGUUACAAGAGGAUGUGGAACUGAUUGAGCUGCUUGAUCCCAGUAUCCUGUCUGCAGGGCAACCUCAACAACAGGAAAAUGGACACCUUCCAACACUUCGCUCCCUGGCAACCCCUAACAUUUGGGAUGUCUCAAUGCUAUUUGCCUUCAUUAGUUUGCUCAUUAUGCUUCCCACUCGGUGGAUUUUAUCUUCCUGGCUGGUAUGGGGAGUGAUUCUAUUUGUUUAUCUGAUCAUAAGAGCUUUGAGAUUAUGGAGGACAGCCAAACUACAAGUAACCCUAAAAAAAUACAAUGUCCGUUUGGAAGAUACAGCAACAAAUAGCCGAGCUUUUACUAACCUUGUGAGAAAAGCUUUACGUCUCAUACAAGAAACUGAAGUCAUUUCCAGAGGAUUUACACUUUUGCUUGACAGGGUCAGUGCUGCUUGCUCAUUUAAUAAAGCUGGACAGCAUCCCAGUCAGCAUCUCAUCGGUCUUCGGAAAGCUGUCUACAGAACUGUAAGAGCCAACUUUCAAGCAGCAAGGCUAGCGACCCUAUAUAUGCUGAAAAACUACCCCCUGAACUCUGAGAGUGACAAUAUAACCAACUACAUCUGUGUGGUGCCUUUUAAGGAGCUGGGUCUUGGACUUAGUGAAGAGCAGAUUUCAGAAGAAGAAGCACAUAACCUUACAGACGGCUUCAGCCUGCCUGCAUUGAAGGUUUUGUUCCAACUCUGGGUGGCACAGAGUUCAGAGUUCUUCAGACGGUUCGCCCUAUUACUUUCUACAGCUAAUGCACCUCCUGGACCCUUACUUACUCCAGCACUUUUGCCUCAUCGUAUUGUAUCUGAUGUGACUCAGGGUCUACCUCAUGCUCAUUCUGCCUGCUUGGAAGAGCUUAAGCGCAGCUAUGAGUUCUAUCGGUACUUUGAAACUCAGCACCAGUCAGUACCCCAGCGUUUAUCCAAAACUCAACAGAAGUCAAGAGAACUGAAUAACGUUCACACAGCAGUACGCAGCUUGCAGCUCCAUCUGAAAGCAUUACUGAAUGAGGUAAUAAUUCUUGAAGAUGAACUUGAAAAGCUUGUUUGUACUAAAGAAACACAAGAACUAGUGUCAGAAGCUUAUCAGAUCCUAGAACAGAAAUUAAAGUUGAUUCAGCCCCACGUUCAAGCGAGCAACAAUUGCUGGGAAGAGGCCAUUUCUCAAGUGGACAAACUGCUACGAAGAAAUACAGAUAAAAAAGGCAAGCCUGAUACAGCAUGUGAAAACCCACGCUGUACGGUGGCACCUUUGAUGCAGCCUACUCUGCACAUUGCAGACAGAGAUCCAAUCCCUGAGGAGCAGGAAUUAGAAGCUUAUGUAGAUGAUAUAGAUAUGGACAAUGAUAUCAUAAAGGAUGAUUUUUAUUACUUGUCUCAAGAAGACAGAGAGAGACAGAAGCAUGAGCAGGAAGAAUCCAAGAGGGUACUCCAAGAAUUAAAAUCUGUGCUGGGAUUCAAAGCAUCGGAGGCAGAAAGGCAAAAGUGGAAGCAACUUCUAUUUAGUGAUCACGUAUUUCAUCAUGUAGCUUUAAAAUUAUCCUAUUGACAGUACGGGCAAAGAUAAAACGAUGACAGAUGUGUCUCUUUUCCAGCUGUGUUGAAAUCCUUGUCUCCUGUAGACCCAGUGGAACCCAUAAGUAAUUCAGAACCAUCAAUGGAUUCAGAUAUGGGGAAAAUGAUAAAAAUUGGUAAAAAUGAUACUGAAGAAGAAAACAGUAAACCCUCCACAAUUGACAAUGGAAUAAGUAGUAGGACUGAAUAUUUAUGUGAAAACCCUCUAGAUGGUAAAAGUAAAGACAGUUCUGCGAAUGAAGCCUUCCUGCAAGGAGCCGAAGAAAGAAUGUGUUACCAAUGUGACAAUGAAGAGGACUCUCAGCAGGCAGUUGUUGGUGGCCUGGCCGCUGCCCAUCUGACUCCCAGGGACUCGUCACAGCCCUCCAUUAAGCAGAGGCUGGCGCGGCUGCAGCUGUCACCAGAUUUUACCUUCACUGCUGGCCUCGCUGCCGAAGUGGCUGCUAGAUCUCUGUCCUUUACCACUAUGCAGGAACAGACUUUUGGUGAUGAAGAGGAAGAACUACUAAUACAAGAAAAUAAAAAUGAGGUAGAAGAAAAAUAAGAACCAAGAUUUACAUGAAGGAUUUUAAAUUGUUCCUUUUAUGAAAGUGUUUUAGCUUCAAGACUAGAUAUUCCACUGGAAAGGGGAAAUGCGUGUAAGUUUACUAUAUAUAAAGCUAAGAUGUGAAUUUACAGGAAGAACCCUGGUUUGAACAACUGAUCCAAAAUAGUAGUUACCUGUAUGGCAGAUCUUUUAGGAAAAUAAGAGAAAGAGAAAGGUAAGGGCUCUUUUGAAUAAAUUGCUGUUUUAUUUGCAGCACAACCAAUUGAUCUUGGAAAUUCUUUAAGUACUUUUAAUAACAAAUGAAUUUAUCAUUUCUUGCCAGAAUUUGAUACCAUAAAAUGACUGGGAUAAUUCUGUUGCAAGAACAUUAACAUUUAGUAUGACUCCUUUUUACUGUAUUCUCACAGUUAAUAACUGCAGCUAUUAUGUUAAUAACAAGUUGUUUGUAUUUUAUUUUUGUUUAUACCAAGUCUUAAAACAAAGAUACAGGUUCUGAAUAAAAAAACAAUGAGUUCAUGCAAUUGAUGUGUACUGGGGUGUGGAACUAAAAAGUAGUUUCAAAAGUACUUGGUUUAUGAUUUGUUUCUUAUGUUUCUUUGUUCAUAAGUGUAUUCAGUAGUUAAUUUUAAGAUUUCCUAAUGAUCUUUUAAAGAAAGCCAUUGUACCAUUUUAGAAACUACCCUUUUAAUUUUUUGUGUGUUUAUCUUUUCUGUUCUUGUUGCAACUAAAAGAGAAGAAGUCCAUGGGAUCCCUGUGGUCCAAGGCCUCAUCCCCAACUCAGCAGAAAGUUCUUUUUAUCAGUUUGCCUAGAGAUAACUGGUGCCAUCAACACAAGCAGGUCACCGUGCUGCUGAUUUCUGUACUGAGGCUAUACCCUCUCCACCUAAAUAAGAUUUUGGAAACAUCCUGUCAGCUUCCUCCUGGAAAGCAUCCUUGUCUUCUUAAUACUUCAUUUACAAACUACCUCUUGAAAGAGGUUGCUUUCCAAAUUGUCCAGUCUCAUCUGUUUUGUGUUAUGGUUACAUUUUCAAAUAGUGAUAUUUUCAGGAGUAUAUUAUUUUUUGAAACCUAUAGCUCCUAUGCACUGACAGAAUGUAUAGACAUUAUUUGGGGAAAAUGUAGGAAUAACUCAAUUUAUGCUGCUGCCCCCCCAAAAAAUUACAUGAUGAAUUUAGAUCAUCUUUAGAGUUAAGAAACACAUUCGAAUUUCUAUAACUUAGCACAAGUGAGUAAAUUUUCAUAUGUCAAAGGGGAUUUUUUUUAAUAAUGUAAGGAAAUUUAUUUUUUAUCCUGAGGAAAAACUUGUUUCUGCUUUAUAUGAAUGGUAGAGAUCCUUUGUAUUAUAAGUGAUUCUGCUGUUUGCCAAAAAUUCUGGGACUUAUCCAUAGUUAAGCAUAUAGGAGCAAUACCUACAAGUGGGCCUAGUUUGCCACUUAGAAAUAAUGAGCCAAAUUUCAAGAAAAAAGUAUCUUGUGUUAUAACUAUUCUUGAAUAAUAACUUUUAGUUUACUUUUUUUUUUAGUUAUUUAGUUUGCCAACUCCUUUUUACCUUGAAUUUAGAAGUAAUUAUGGAAAAACUUGGUAAUCUUUCACUCCACCUCAUUUACAACCUUACAUAAGAAUUAGAGUUUGAUAAUUUUUAAUUUUGGUAUUUUAUUUUUAAGUUUGAGAGAAAUAUAUUGUAUCAGUUUUAUCCAAUGCUCUCUAAGGUGAUACUUUCUAAUUUUGAAAGACAAAUUUUAAUCAGGAAUUUCUAAUCUUUCAGUCUGACCUGUUUUGUUCACUAGUUGUUACUUAGUUUGAUGAAAAUUCUACUUGGUGAAAUCUUGAUACAAGGAUCUUGAACUUUAAUUGAAUGUUUUUUUGGUGUAUGUAGUUUUCAAAAUUUCUUUCAUCUUUGAAAGUAUUUCCAAGAUAAAAUAUUACUUUCCUUGUGAAAAUUCCUAAUUUUCUCUCAUAAUAGUGUAAAGGUCAGUGUUUCUCUAUUUUUUUCAUGGGCCACUUAUAUUAGAAUAAACUGGAGGUCUUAUCUUUAAAAUGCAGAUUUAGGGCCAUCCUCCUAGUCAAUCAUUUUGGAAUGAGACCUAGGUGAUGUGAUGUUUAUGCCCAGUAAAAUCUAAGAACCUCUCUCUAGGACUUUAUGCUUCUUGCCAUGAAUACCUUAGAAAAGAAAACAAAUAGGUCAAUGUAAUAUAAGUAGGUAUCCUUUUUUGUUACUUAUCUAAGAAUAUUUCACCUUGUUUUAUCAGGCUUUUGACUAGUUUCAAUAUCUGCCAUCACACAUCCAAAAGAAGUUCUCUGGGAAAACUUGUAAUUGUGCUUUCCAAAUUUUACAGCAGUAUUCUGACAGGAUAAUUGCUUUAAGGAAUAAUAUCCUGACAGCUUUUAAUAUUAAUAGUUCCAUAGUUUGUUUUAAAUCUAGUACUUAAAGUAAGAAUGCAUGAAAGAGGCUAUUUAUUUAGGCCAGUUUUGAAGACAGGACUUUUACUCUUUGCCUACAGUUAUCAUCUUAAAUCUUUUUUUUCCUUAGCUUUCAUUUAAAACUCUACAUUUCUGGACUCUGUAGGGCCAGACUCUUGCUGGUCUUUGAUUUGCAGUCCUCUCCUUAUUUUCACAAAUGUCCAUAGUAUCUGACUUCAUAAGUUAAGUCCUUAUUAAAUCUAAUUGUAUUUAAAGUGUCUGAAUGUAUUUCAUUAAGAACUGAUACAUUGACUCAACUUUGAUUUCUGAAGUUAUUGGGGACAAGCAAGUCAAAAGAAACACAUUUAAGGCAAAUUACUAAGGAAAUUUAAGAAUAUGGGCUUAAAAGUCUAACACAGAAGGACGGGCAUGCGUUUAAAUCCCAGAUCCAUCAUUUAAAACCUAUGGGUGCAGCUGACCUAAUAACAUCAUGGAGAGUUUUCCCAGCAAAUUCUCCAGAUUGCUAAAUGAUGUUUUGAUUUCUCACUUCUCGAGGUAGUUAAAAAUAAAACCUUUGAGGCUGAAAAACAAGAUCUAGUUAUAAAUAUGUUAGUAAAAUAGAUGAAAAAAUUAACUCAAUUUUCUUAAAAAAUAAGUAGUAAUAUUCAGAUUCACAUAAUAAAAGUGGUAAAACUUUCAGUGUUAAAGCAUAAAAAGAAUUAAGUUCCGAUACAUUUCACAAAAUUAUCAAUCAAUAGAGUGUUAAUCAGAAGGGACCCUAGAGGUCAUUUCACUCUGGUAACUGAGUUUUACUUAAAUACCAUCAGUAAUAUAAAAUGAAAUAGUUUGAUAAAGUAUUAGAAAUCAUGUGGAAAGAAAAGUUAAAUUGAUUUGUCUUAAUCAUAGUAUAUUGUUUCCAUACCUAAACAAGACAAGGACUAACUCAGCUAAUUCAUUAUUUGAACUAAAGUACAUAUCAUGCCAUGAAUGACAAGCAGACAAAGCAUAAAGAUUGAUUUAUUCUUCCCAUUAUGUUUAUAAGAACAUAUAUGUGCAAUUCACACAUAUUAGAAAAUGAAGCUACAAAUAUUUUAGAAGAGAAAAUAUGGGAAAGUGUCCUAAGUACAGUAACCAUUUACCCGUAAUUGACGAAUGACUAACCUGCAUAAGUUAAUUUUUCAGGUAAUUGAGGCAAAUUCGUUUAAUCAUUAAAUUGUUUUAACAGUGUAAUAGGAAAUUUUCUAAAAUGUACUUUCUACUUCUCCACUUUUUCUAGUGUUUAGGAUUUAACUUUAACUUUUUCUUUGUCUUCUUUAAGAACAUCAGUUCCUUUCAUGGGGUGAUAACCAGAAAUGCACUCUCAAGCGGUUACUGAGAUAUAUAAUGCCCCUUUACUAUGUGAUCCUGCAUUGCUAUGCUUUUUUGAGUUAUGUCUGUUCUUCACAGUUUCUCUGUCUUCCCUUGUAAUCAGCUAUCACUUUUUGCUGCUGUCUUGUGUGCUUGCCUCCUGCACUAGGCCCCUAAUUUGCUGCUUCUAAUCUGCUGUGGACUGAGAAACAGGAUUGCCAACCUUGCUAGAAUUGUGUCUAAAGUAAGAGUAAGUAGACCGAAAGAAGGCUAAGGGGCUUUUCUGUCAGUAAAGUGCAUGGAUUUGUGGUACCUGUUUGGCUGCAUACUUUCGUUUGCCUCUUAGUUCUUUACGAAGAACUUGCUAAAAAAAAAAAUGCAGGGUUGACUAUGCGUUGCCAUAUAUUUGAAGUAUUAAUUCAGUUUUUAUAUAUUGAUGUUUCUAGGACUCUCCAUUAUUGAAUUUAGCUAUAAAAGAAAAUUUGACUAUCGUCUUUGUUUAAAUUAUUGUGUAUAUUUUAGGAAAACAUUCAACAUUUUGUCCUUAAUAAUUGUUCCUAGUAUAGUACACAGACUUAAAACUUACAGCACUAUAAAUGUGACGUCAAUUCUGUUCACCAAUUUAUAUUUUAGAACUAUUGGUUUAAGACUAAACAUGCAUGGCUAAUUUAGUAAGAAAUGGCUAACUGAAUUAUUUGGGGAAUGAGUCAUUCUAGAUAUCCCAGUUUUCUAUUGAGCUUAAACCUCUAAGCAUUAAAAUUUUUUGGAAUAAUUUCUAAAGGAAAUAUUUUAAAAACUUAAUAUGUACCUUGCUAUCUUCUUAAAUGAUAUAUGGAAUACAUUUUAAUCUUUUUUGAUGUCAAAAUGGUCAUCAUUAACAAUUUUUUUUUAUUAUGCUGCGAUAGACUAAUUAGGCAUUGAGAGCUAUAUGCCCCUUUACUAAAAGGCUUCAUUCUGCAGGGUUUUUUUUUUUUCUUGUCUUUGUUUCUAAUAGUUCUAAUUCCUUUGAUUUUAAUUACUGCUUGCUUAAGUGUGCCUGUAGCAAUAGCCUUUAUCUAUCUUCAUGAUGCUCCUUCUAGUCCGCUUUGGUUUUUGGACACAAAGUGACUAAGACAGCUAGAAUAAUGUAUAAAGUAAGAAUAAAUUGACUCAGUAAAGACCUGAAAAGUUGCAUUAUACUUGAGUGCAUGGAUUUUGUGACAUCUCUUACUUCAGUACCUAUUUCAUUGCUGUCUUGAAAAUGAGUGAAGUUACUAGAUUAGAUACCUGCUCUUAAAUUAGAAGAGCUGUUACUGUACAAAAAGAACCACUUUCUUUUCAUACUUAUCUGUAUUUCUAUCCUCGAAUUUUUGGGCUCCAAUUAAAACCAGUUCACUCAAAUCAGUAUUUUCUAUACUACUUUCUAUUUGAAUUGGCUACCACAUGCUGCUAAGAAUUCUUUUGGUGAGGUUGUAUUUUGUUGUUGUUUUGGUUUUGUUUUUAGAGAAAUAUAUUUUCAUUUCCAAAACACGAAGUAGGUCGAGCCCUGGAAAAUAAGAAAAAUUUCAUUAUUGAUAUCAUAGAGAACUGAGAAGUGAUAAAGUUUUUAGACUCUAGGAAAUUAUACCUCAAAUAAUUUAUUCUUUGAUUAUGCAGGUUUUUAAGACAGUAUUUUUAUUUUUAUUCAGUUAAUUGUAUGUUAAAAUCUUGCCAAAAGUUAUUAGUGUUAGAUCUAAUGAUACUGACAGAUAUUUGAAUGACUAAAUUCCCACUGUCAUUCUAUAUUUUGCAUGUUUAAAUUAUCAUUUAAUAUGUUAAGUAAUCAAGCAUGAUGAUUUUUCUCUCAAAUGAAAAAUAAACAUGAAAUUUGCAUGUUCUAAUGUUUGUAAGUAAAAUUCAAAUCUGUCUGGAAGGGGAUAUCCUAGCAUUUAACAACUUAGUUUUACCAACAGGCUGAUUGUGUUUUAAUAACUAUAUGUUGAUUGACUCUUCCGUAAUAUACAGGGUAAUUGGAAAAUCAGUCUGUUUUAUGACUCUCUAUCAUAGUCAGCUUUCAGUCAUUCACUUACUGGGAGUUAUGAUACAAUAUUCAUUUAAAAAAAUAAAUAAUCCAAAACAGUUUCUUGAGUUGAUACUGGUAUUAGAGAGCAGAUAGUCAUGAUGCUGAACUUGGGUUGGUGGUAAAAGAAGAAAAAUUCUCUUGGAGUAUAGUUGUGGGAGGAAAAUGAUUCUACUCAUUAAUUGCUGUAAACCAAAAAGAGGAUAAAUUCAUUCCAGGAUUCACUUACACAAAAAUUUGACAUGAAUAAGGAGUUGGUUUAAUGGAUAUCCUAAAAUGUGUGUUAAAUUAAAAUGUAUAUGGUAUUUUUAAUGCUAUAUUUUAACUGUCGGCCAUUAAAUUACUUUGUUUCAUA